CCGAAGGCACAAGUCUUCAGUUACUUAUUUGGACUCCAGCUGGUAAGGAGUCAGUUGCCUAGUUAGCCUACCAUUCAGGGUGCGGUUAAUACUGACUAAAAGAAUACUGCUGCACAGUUAGACUCCCAAGAGGAACCAGGCAGAGGGAGGAUGGAACCUCUUACAUUCCUCCUCCUAUUAGCAGGACUAGUGGGAGCAGCAUCUACUGACAAUUCAACAGCAGAAAACAUCACAUCAGCACCACCCUUACCAUCGUCUCUCAAUGCAACCUCACCUCAAGUCAACAUGACCACAAUACCACUUAACUCAACCUCAGCAGGUAACAUCAACUCAGCAUUACCUUCACAAACAACACCAGGCAGCAUGACCUCGCCGUCACUCAAUGCUACAUCACCAGAAAACGUGACAUCAGCACCACCCUUACCAUCGUCUCGCAAUGCAACCUCACCUCAAGUCAACAUGACCACAAUACCACUUAACCCAGCCUCACCAGGUAAUGUGACAUCAGCACCUCCUGCAGCAACAACACCAGUCAGCAUGACCUCAACACAUCUAAAUGCAACCUUACCAGGUAACAUCACCUCAACAUCAUCCUCACCAAUAACACCAGGCGUCAGGACCUCGCCGCCACUCAAUGCAACUUCACCAAAAAACGUGACAUCAGCACCACCGUUACCAUCGUCUCUCAAUGCAACCUCACCUCAAGGCAACAUGACCACAAUUCCACAUACUUCUCCGGGUAUAGUGACAUCAGCACCACCCUUACCAUCGUUUCUCAAUGCAACCUCACCACAAGGCAACAUGACCACAAUUCCACAUGCUUCACCGGGUAUAGUGACAUCAGCACCACCCUUACCAUCAUUUCUCAAUGCAACCUCACCACAAGGCAACAUGACCACAAUUCCACAUACUUCACCGGGUAUAGUGACAUCAGCACCACCCACAAAACUAGUCAGCAUGACCUCAGUGCAUCUAAAUGCAACCCUACCAGAACCAGUCAACAUGACCGCAGCGUCACGCAGUACACCCAACAUGACCUCACCAACAGUCAAGCCAUUAUCUCCAGACCUAACUUCGCAAGGAACAUCCAUACUUUCAAAUGUCACCUUUUUUAGCACUACAACUAAAGCUACAGCUCCAACCACAACUACAACUGCCGCGCCAGCACAAGCACCUAAAAUCAAUUUAGGAUUUAAGCUGCAGCAAAACUUUUCACCAGAACUUGCAAUCAAAAGCUCACCAGCCUUUAAACAGUUAGAAUCAAAAGUGACUGAACAGCUCAACAACGUCUAUAGUAAAAGAUUUGGAUCUAGCUUUAAUCGAACUGUCAUCAAUAGUUUCAGUCAAGGAUCCAUUGUGGUUGAUGCUGAGCUGAUAUUCAAUAAUGUCAGCACAUUACCAAAUAUCAGCUCUGCAGUUGCAACUUUGACAGAAGCUGUUGCAAGCUCAACUUUUAACCUCUCAGUUAACACGUCAUCUAUUUCAGCAAAAGCUGUGACAAUAGCACCAACAGAACAAAUCACAACAUCAUCUUCAACAAUGAAUCCAAGUACCACACCAGCUACUGCCAAUGCCACGAAUGCUACCUCAAAUGCAGCGACAACUUUGGGCUCGCUUUUCAGGCUUUAGCUCAAAAAGUGACCAAUGAGAUAAACAGACUGGUUAAAAAUGUCUUUGCAUCAUUCCUACGCUCCAGGGUUAACAGCUUUAAGAAUGGAUCAGUAGUUGUCAACAUGACUCUUGUGUUCCAAGAUAAAAACUCGGUUCCAUCACUAACUAAUGCAACUACAGCGCUGACACAAGCAAUCCAAAAUACCACACUGGGCAUCAUAGAAGGCAGUAUAAGAGUGUCAUCAUCAACCAGUCUUCAGUCUACAAUUGGCAUAUGGGCGCUAACACUGUUGACUGUGGCACAAAUCAUGAUCAACAUGUAGGCACCACUCAAGUUCACUCCAGUGACUUCACCAAAAGUUUUUACUGUGCUAUAAAACCGGGUGUGCCGACCAAAGGAAAAACAAAAGAUAUAAGAAGCUAGCAUUAUGAAAUUUACCAAGAUGAAGUAAUUUGGUGCUCAGAUGUGUGCUGAGUGUAAAAGAUUAAUAUAUAUAUCUUAUAGUAUUUUCCAGACACAAAUUUAUGGUGCAAAAUAUCUAAUACUUUUUGGCAACGUAUUGGCAGUUACUUGUGAGUAACACAUUAGCUUGUUAGUGCACUUGUUUUCGUUGCUAUUGUGGCAUUAAAAAAAACUAUAAAAACAUACAUAUUAAUUUACAAUGUGCAUUGCAAGAUGCGAAUUAAUAUCCAAACAUAUUAUUGAGUUAAAUGGUGAAAGAGAAGAUGUGCAUAUUUAAUGAUGUGAGUUGAACUGAAAUGAUCUUGAUGCAGCAGACAAGUGAUUGAUUCUGUCAUAAUCAUACAGUAUCAGGUGAAUAGUUUGGAAGGUGGAUUUUAAAUGAGAAACAGCAUACUAGUCUAGCAAAAUAUUUACAUACUACUGUCUUAAUAAAAAAUAAGUUGUUUUUCUUCUUUUCAUUGAUUAAUUAGUGCAUUGAUUAAAAGAUCUGUAUGCCUCUAUAAUGAAAUUAAUAAAACCAUUAUUUAUUCAACCAAGUACUAGAAUCUUAGGCUUAAUAUGCUUCUUGUGAUUUGUAAAUGCCAUCUCUUUUACUCUGCAUUUUUUCACUGCAUUUUUUCCUUUUAAUAUCAGAAGAAGGAAAAACUACUGCAAAUAAUAAUUAUUAGUGGUGUGGUGAAUGUGAUUUGUAGAUUUGUGAACUUUAUAUUUAUCAAAAUAAAGAUUAUGACAAUUA